UCUAAGCGGUAUCGGGUUUUUUUGGCGGCUGUGAAAAGACAAAUUUCACCCUCUUUCUACUCGGCGCUUCACACGCGGAUCCAGCCAAACGUGCAGGGUGUCGGCACACACUCUCCACAGCCUUCCGGAGUCAUGUCAGGUCGCUGUGGCGACGCACAGCACAGUGGGUGGCCCUGCCGGGCGUGACCGCAUCCCAGCAUGCACCAGCUCUUCGGGCUCGUUCUGGGCCGAAGGGACCUGUCCCGGGCGGGGGACCUCUUCUCACUGGACGACAGUGAGAUCGAGUACUGUCUGUCCGAGGUGCUGGGUGAGAUCAGGAGCAUCUGCUGCUCUCCGGACUACCUGACCAAUAGCAAUGACCAGGCAGUGGUGGAGAUCUGCAUCACGCGCAUCACCACGGCGAUCCGAGAGACAGGCUCGAUUGAGAGGCACGGCGCUGCCCUUGUGGCCCUGUGGGAGUCGUGCCUGGAGCAUAACCUGCAACCACAGGGCAAAGACGAGGACACGCCCCACGCCAAGAUCGCCUCCGACAUCACCAGCUGCAUCCUUCAGAACUACAGCCGGGCUCCUGUCAUGGCGCUGGCCGUGCCCGUUGCCGUGCGCUUCCUCCAGCGUGGCAACCGCGAACUCAGCCGGAACAUGUCCAGCUACCUGUCGCUGGCCGCCAUCGCCAAGGCCGAGCUGCUCAUCGAGCACACCGAAGCCAUCGCCCUGAGCGUGCUGGGAGGCAACAGCAUGUUGUUGCGGGUCCUGCCCUCCAUGUACCCUCUGCAGCCAGAGCUGAUUCACCAGCACAUCCGGGAGCUGUUUGCAAUGGUGACCGAGGUGGAGCAGACCAGCAGACAGCACCUGCUCCGGCUGCUGCAAAUGAUCUCCGAACAGCACCCACAGGCACUGACCCCUCUGGUGCCAUCUCUGAUUGGUCACCUCAGUGAUGCCUCUUUGAAGGAGGCCCUCCUGGCUGUGCUGGUGGGCGUGGCCCAAGUCAGCCCUGCCUCGCUCCACCCCUUCCUGCCAGCAUUGAGGAGUGUGGGUCAGCAGACACCGGGGCUGCUGGGAAAUGUGGUUAAGAUCCAUGGGGCAGUGGGCCUGACCAAUGAGGCGGAGGCACGCAAGGCCCUGCUCUACCUGGUGUCUCUGUUGGCGUGCAUGGACCACAAUGUCCACCACACACUGCUCCUGGAGAUCCACAGCCUGACAGAUCACUACCCUGCCCUCUUGGGAGGCGGAGCCAGCGACGUCUACCGCACGAGCAACAGCUUCAGUGCCAUCGCACGUGCCCUCACACGCAGGCUGGAGGGGGAUCCUGCUGCAGCCUGCAGCGGUACCGAGGACACUGUGGCCUCUGGAGCGUGCAAGGAUGAGUCCAGUCCCCAUGAGGAUGAGGAAGACCAAUGUCUAAAGCCGAAGAUCCUCUCCUUUGACGAGCAGGCAGGGGAGGAGGGGUCCUCCCCAGGACUGCAUCGACGCCGCAGCCUGGGCCAGGCAUCGCGAGCUGAGUGCAGAGAGAUGAGGUUCAGCAGGUCAAAGAGCUUGGCUGUUCGUGCUGCAUGUUCACGUUCCACUAAUCCCGACGGCACCCUGGAUGGAGAAGGGGUGGAGCAAAGCACAGAGCACCACCUGAACGACCACGCCCUCGGCCCAGAGACCGGCGUGCCUGUCUCCCUUGUGCAGGAGAAGCACAGUGACCCCACGGAAAGACACCCUCCCUCCAACAUGGCCUCGUAUGCGGAGGCUGGACAUAUGGAGGGGGCGGUUCCUCAGGAGGGUGACCGCCUCUGGACACACCUCCGCGACAACAUGGAGAAGAUCAGAGCGUUCUGCUCGGAGAUGAUCAAACAGAUCCCCAUACCGGACCAAUGCACCAUUGAAGACUCCCAGCGAGGCUGUGUGGCUAAGCUGUCCUUCUCCUGCCCACUCAAGGGUCAUUACUGUCUGUAUGGGAAGUCCAGCUUCUCUGUGUGCAGCCGCCAGCCCCACCUCUGGAUACAAAUCAUGCUGCUCGCAAUGCAGAGUAAGAGCAGUAACCCGCUGAGCUGCGAGGAUGUGUGUGUGCAGCAGCUCCGGAGACUGUGGGAGCAGGCCCAGCUGAAGGGAGGACACAGCUUUGAGCUGGCUGUCACUCAGAGUGCGUCCCCACAGAAGAAGGACCUGGACAGGAUUCAGAUCCACCUGGAGGAGGUUCGAUUCUUUGAUCUCUUUGGCUACAGCGAGGAGGAAGGCGAAUGGCUGUGUUUCAUGUGCAACAAUCCCGAGAAGGCCACAGUCGUGAACCAGGAUGGUCGGCCGCUCAUGGAGGGCAAGCUGAAGGAGAAGCAGGUGCGCUGGAAGUUCCUGAAGCGCUGGAAAACGCGCUACCUCACUCUCGCCGGCAAUCAGCUCCUCUUCCGAAAGGGAAAAUCAAAGGAUGAGCUGGACGACAGCGGCAUCGAGCUGAGCAAGGUGCAGAGCGUGAAGGUAGUGACGAGGAAGAGGCGUGAGCGCGGCCUGCCGCGAGCCUUCGAGAUCUUCACCGACACCAAGACGUAUGUGCUGAAGGCGUGCGACGAGAGCAACGCCGAGGAGUGGCUGCGCUGCAUCAGCCUGGCCGUGGCUUGCGCCAAGGAGCGCGAGCGCCGAGAGGCCACCACCUACCUGUGAGACGCGGGCGCCUUCACCAGGCCACCCCGGUCACGCGUGACUCCAAAGCUAAACACCCGAUACGCGGGUGGAACCCGGAUGAGAAAAUUCCAAAAUGCAGAAAUUUUACAGUUUUAUUGUGACUGAGUCCUUUUGGCUAAAUUUGCCAUUCCUUAAUGUAAAAACACAAGAUUUCCUAAUCCAAUGUAAUCCCCUCUGUCCUGCACACCCAACUGUACUGGAAGAAGAAAACCAUUAAACUAUAGGCAGAGCGCUUUGGCUUUCAGGGAUUCGGCGUGAACACAGCCACAUGGAUCAGAUGAGCUGAAGGUGGGAAAACUCUUAACUGUGCUGGGACUUGACCUUCCAGGACCUGGAGUGAAGAACAGUGUAUUAAUUUGAGCCCUGGACUAUGUUGGAUUAUAAACACGGGAGUCGCUGUAAUGUCAUAUACCAAGGAUUAGGCUUAAUCUAGUCGUGGACCCCAAACCUAUAACAGCUGUAAUUACUGAACGCUCCAAAUCCUGGAAAAUGAUAGCAGACCAUUUAAAAGCAGCUGAAGUGCAGUGCAGCAUUCAGAAGGAUCUCUGUGGCAUCUUAAGCAGUGUUGGCACUUAUUUUCCAAACCGCAGUAGAACAUCAGCAAAGAACAGGAGCUGCAGACCUGGAGGAGUCACAGAAAUGAAACAAAAGCACAGAUCAAGUGGCAUUACAAGGGGAGACACUGUGGUUCUCCAGUCUAACACCCCUCCACAUCUGGGCUGGCUCCGGAAUGCCAGGUCCGGAAUGUCACGUGACAUUUCUUGGAAUGUCGAGGGUAACAAUACAUAUCAACUGCGGCCUGCUGUAUAUGGUAAUCUCAGUCCAUUUUGCUUGUAUUCUUUUGCAGCCGUUUAAGCUUUCUCUUUUAUUUCCGUACGCCCUCUGUUUGCAGUAAGUAGCCUAGGAACAUGCUGCAGUCUCUGGCCGGUAUUGGGCCCACAGUUAUGCCACGGUAAUGUCACUUUAAAGCACCAGCCCCAAACCUUCAGCCAUACAACGAGAGUAGCGUGUUCUCUGCUCUCUCUACUCCCACGAGACCCGCCUGGAACGCCCCUAGCAAAGGGGUAGAGAAGGACCCUGGGGGAAUGUCGUGGACAUCAUGAAACGGGCAGGGGAACGCCGCCAGCGGCCUCCCUCCUCCUGACCUCCAGGCACUGGCAGAGGCGCCUUUACCCGCUGGGCCACCAGGGGGCGAUGAUUACACAAGUUAGUGUCAUCCACCGUCACCGUUUCUGCCCGUUUUCAUUGUUCCUUGGACUCGUUCUCUGCUACGCAUGUGGACUGUAGUAACUCCCCAUACGUUUCUGAGAAGCUACUGAGCUACAAGUUCCUACGCCCAGGACACGCACAAAUGGUUCUUGUACUGGACUGUUAUUGGACUGCUGAAAAGCCCGUAGUCAGCGUAGCCCGUAACUCACACAUACUCGCACAAUACUCUGAUCAGUUAGCUAAAGGUCGUAGCUGAACCGGGUGCAACCAAUUUCUAACAGCUAUUCGCAAAACGUGACUCCAACAAGGUCCCAGGAUGCAACAGAACAAUCACGUCUGACCCCUGACUCCAGAACUUUCUCUUGGCUGCGAGACGCCAGACAGAGAUGUUUUAGCCCUGCCCACCUCCCAUCCAGCCCCUUUGUAUUUCACAAGCCUUUGUUUUCUAUAUUUGAACAACACUGGUUGUCAGGCUGCCAAAGUUUAUGGGGUGAUUUUAUUAGAAUUACUUUUCUUUUUUUUCUUUACGUUUUUGGCCAACUGUCCAGUUGCAUGUCAUAUACAGGCGCGUGUGUAUCGAUUGUGUCAUUGUCAUCUGCCAGUGUUUCUCUCUCUUCUCUUGUGCAAAACAUGUUCCCUGUCCAGCAGGUGGUACUCGUGUUUAUAUGUUCAUUCUAAAAAUAAUAGAUUGUGAUUUGUGAUCAAGAAACUGUUCAUGGUGAAAACAGUUUUUGACUAAUGAUAAGUUUAAAUUUCAUAAUGAGCUCCUUUUAAAAUUGUGGGAUAUGCAGAAGUAUUACGUUUUGUAUUUUUUUAAAAAUGACAUUUUGUGUAAAAUCAAGUAGAUGUUCUUUAUUAGAAUGUAUAGAAUAUUUAGAUUUUCCUUUACAUUUGGUAGUUGGCCCUACUGUAUUUAUAUCUAGAAUUGUCAGAUGAACUUAACCAAGCUUGAAUGGCAGAACAGAGCACAAAGAUGUUUCAUUUUAAUAUUACAAAGGAAUUUUAGUUUAUUUCACUUUUUUAACUAAUGUUUCAGAUGGAUAUCUAAAUCCAAUUCUUCGCUGUGCUUAUUAACAACUUUUUUGCUUGUUUGUGUUGCAGUGUAUUUUUCUGUGGUAUAUGUUCUGCUGAAACAUAAAACCAAUAACUCUAUGGUAAAUUCUCCUGGAGUUCAGUGUGCCUUGGGACAGGGUGCCGGGCGUAGCCACAUAGCCACGCCUGCAUCGCUAGCAGUGCCGAUUCGCUCCAGUGGCAGUGAGGUCACCACUGUUGCGUCUGUCACAAGAGCCGACGUGCUGACUUACGUGGCAUUGCUAUGAGGGGUCGCGGUGGUCGUGAUUGGAGAGGGGACCGCCUGUCACGUCCUGUGAGGUCCGCUCUUUCUCAGAAGGUGAGUGUCGUGGUGGUGAGGGCCGGCGAUUCUGACCACUUCGUGUUUUCCGCCGUGUUUAAUCAAUUCAGGUCCAGCCUGUUUCUCUGGAGUUAUUCUAAUUCUAAUCUAAUUUCACAUUUAAUCAUAUAAAUGGUACAGGACUGCACAGACAGUACUAUGAGUGCAGUGGAAGAGGUUUCAUGCACCUAUGCUCGGCCAUUCUGUAAAAAUCACCUCUCUGAACGUUGUACACUAUGCCGUUCUAUAAAAUUUACCUCUGUCUGAACAUUGUAUGCUAUUCUAUAAAAGUUCUCUCUCUCUGAACAUUGUAUGCUAUGCCGUUCUAUAAAAAUUAUCUCUGUCUGCACAUUGCGCAAUACAAUGGUCUGUUGAGUUGUGGCCCCCGUCCCAGUGUGGAGCUGUUUACAGGGAGAGAAGGAUGCCUUCCAGGCUGCGUAAAUUCAGCUACAGAGCUUCACUUCCCCAUGCUUAUCAAGCUUCAGAUCUAAGUGCAGCUCCUUUUUUUGUCAUGCAGUCCUGAUCGCUGUGAUCCCAAAGGGGGAAACUGACCUGGGAUCAGCCCUGACACGCUGGAUGAGUGGGAGAAAAGUUGGUCUGAAGUGAAGAUAGGGAAGCAGCAGUAAACACGUGUUUAAAACCACGAGGCAGCUUGGACCUCACGGGGUAGAAGCAGCUGUGUGUGUGUGUGUAUGUGUGUGUGUGUGUGUGUGUGUGUGUGUGUGUGUGUGUGUCCACUUGAGUUACGUUUGACCCCAGGGAAUGUGAUGGUGCUCUUCCUGCCACAAACACACAGCAGAAGAACUAUGGAAAAGACAAGAAUUACAGUCAGAAAACAUCAAUGUCUAACAAGAUUUAAAGCAUUAAAUGUUAUGUUCUGCCAUAAUUACUAAACGUCUUUGAAGGAGGAAGUGAGUCAAAGGUCCAAAACAUCUGGUAUGAAUUCAAGUUAAAAGAAAGCUUGGCCUUUGUGAUCAGGGGUCAAAGGUCAAAGAGUAAAUAAAAAUGUUUGCGAAGA